AUGCAGAAGGAUAACGGAGCAGUCCCCCUUUUGGAAAGGCCAAAUGUGAAUGAAAUCAACAAGCACAUCGAAGCUAGCCGAUUGGUACUAUGCCUCAUGCUUAGCGAAAAAGACGCCCCGUCACUUGUCUCCCCAUCCAAUUACCUUCUGCAUGUCCAUAGGUACAUGUACCUCUCCAACAUUGUUCCGAAAUGUGUAGAACAUUUUGGGUCGUUUGUUUUCCCCCUGUAUGGUAGCAAAUUUGGGGUGUACUUUGAAUGCAUGUGGGGGGGGCGAAAAGGAGCAGCGGCAGCGGCAGGAGGAGGGGGGACCCCUUUGCCUGUUCACCAAAAUGGGAACGAACACGGGGGGACUUCUCCCCUAACGUGCCCUAUUAUUAACAGCAGUACAUCCGGAAGGCCCCCCUCCUGUGGAGAAGACCCCAAUUGGAGAAACUCCACAGAGAGAGCCGAGGAUGGCAAGCCACUCCAGGAGAGGAUCAUACUCGACUGGAGACUCCCCAUAGGGGUACUCUUCGAUAUAUACUGCGAUGUGGAAGGGGAGGACUCGAGCUUUCCACCCUUGGAAGAGCAGCACACAAACUGGAAGAGGUGCUCCAGUGGGGAAUUAUUUCCUGACCAUGUCAGCGUUUUAGAGAUCACUCCAAAGGGGAUAAGCGAAUCACUUGGCGAAGCUGCGCGGGAGCAGAAAGAGGGGGAAGACCCCUCGAGCAAUGCCCCGUUGAAUGAUGCCACAAAGGGUUCCCUCACUGGGGAGGAGCCAUGCGGAGGAGAUGAAGGCAAAACGGAUGAGAACAGAAGCAAAACGGAUGGGGAGGCAAACAAAUGGCGCGCGGGAGAGCCCCACCCGAAGCACUACCACCUGCGAAUGAACAAACAAAUUAACAGCGACUGGUACGAUCAGCAAUUCGUGAGCAUAGCGGACAGGAACGUCCCAUGGAGGUUGGUCGUCCACUUCAAAGAUGAAGAAAACUACAAUGCUCAUUUCGGAAGAGGGGGAGGAACCAAAGUGAAUUACGAUGGGAACAUCAACCUGCUGCCCUACAACACCUGCAUACCUCUGUACAGAGGAUUUAACGAUUUUGAGGAAUGCCUGAUCGGUCAGCUUAAAAAGGCCAACUACGUGUUUAACAAGAAUAACAGGCUACUCCAGAUGCUGCCGCAGCAAGUGGAAAACGAGCUACUGCAGCAUUUGAAACGGUUUGACGUCGAAAGUGUUUGCGCCCUGUAUAGGGAGCACAUCGAUUAUAAUAUGGUCCGUUUCGUCGAUUACUUUAACGCCAAGUGUGCGCAGGUACAGCACAACAGGCACAGCGGCGCCAUCAGUGGGGAGAACAACUCCGUGUGCGCCCUUAUGAAAGAUGAAAACGUCGUUAAAGACGUGCCUAUAAUUAUACACAUUUAUGGACCCCCAUACAAUCAAGUGUUGACGAAGUACCCUCUGUUCAAAAUUGCACCCGUAGAAGGGACCGAAAAUACAGUCGACGGUUUUUUUGCCUACACGUUAGGGGACUUUCUGCAUGAGCAGUUCCCUUCCUUUUUUAGGAAAAUAAAAAAACGCACAACAGAGGCGGGGGCAGCGGUGAUGGCGGAUAACGUGCGCGGUCCCAGGACAAACAGUGAGCUAGACGCACAAGGCCACCUUCCUCCAGAGAGGGCAGCGGCGGAAGUGUCAUCCGCAACCGUAGCGGCAACGCCAAGUGCGCCCCCAGACGGGGAAAGCAUUUUCUACUUUGUCGAAGACGAGUACCUAAUUUUCAGCCCCUACAUGUUCAUAAUAAUCAACGGGAUUCAAAUUCCGCUGAAGACGCCACUCUACUGGCUCGCCGCCAACUUUUCCCAAUUUGAUAAUUUCCUGCACGUCAUUCUCCGUGUCCCCCCCUACUGA